CAUGCACACUCACACACACACUCCACCCUCCUCCAGCUCCACCGCCCCACCAUGGCCGCCUCCACCCUGUCCGUCUGCUCCAGCGACCUCAGCUAUGGCAGCCGGGUCUGCCAGCCCGGUGCCUGGGACUCCUGCCCUGACUCCUCCUGGCAGGUGGACGACGGCCCAGAGAGCUGCUGCGAGCCCCCCUGCUGUGCCCCCAGCUGCUGCGCCCCGGCCCCCUGCCUGAGCCUCGUCUGCACCCCCGCCAGCUGUGUGUGCAGCCCCUGCCAGGCAGCCUGCACCAGCUCCUGCACGCCCUCGUGCUGCCAGCAGUCUAGCUGCCAGCCCUCAUGCUGCGCCUCCUUCCCCUGCCAGCAGGCCUGCUGCGUGCCCGUCUGCUGCACCCCCGUCUGCUGCAAGCCCGUGUGCUGUGUGCCUGUCUGCUCUGGGCCCUCCCUCUGCUCAGACUCCUCGUGUUGCCAGCAGUCUAGCCGCCGGCCCUCAUGCUGCGCCUCCUCCCCCUGCCAGCAGGCCUGCUGCGUGCCCGUCUGCUGCACCCCCAUCUGCUGCAAGCCCGUGUGCUGUGUGCCUGUCUGCUCUGGGCCCUCCCUCUGCUCAGACUCCUCGUGUUGCCAGCAGUCUAGCUGCCAGCCCUCAUGCUGUGCCUCCUCCCCCUGCCAGCAGGCCUGCUGUGUUCCCGUCUCCUGCACACCGGUCUGCUGCAAACCAGCUGUGUGUGUGCCCGUGAGCUGCCAGUCUGCCGUGUGCACACCCGUGAGCUGCCAGCCGGCUGUGUGCACACCUGUGAGCUGCAGGCCCACUGCCUGUGUGGCCCCCUCCUGCCAGUCCUUUGUGUGUGUGCCUGUGAGCUGCAGGCCUGCUGUCUGCGUGGCCCCCUCCUGCCAGUCCUCCAGGUGCUGCCAGCCCUCCUGCCCCACCCUGGUCUGCAGACCUGUCCCCUCUUGCACCCCUUGCUGCUGCUGACCCUGAGUCCCUUUCUCAGCUGCUCUCAGUGCACACAGGUCCACACCUGUACCCUUCCCAGACAGAGUGGGCCUCCAGCUUCUGCACGUGGCAGAUGCAAAGUAUCUGCUGAACCCUGUAAACUCAGGUGGGCACGUGGCCAGAUGAUCUGGAUUCCUCCGUGAACCUCCCCAUCCCCUCAGGGAAGCCCUGGUUCCCAGGGUCCUUCUCUGUCUCCAGCAGGAAACAAAACCCUAUGUGAGCCAAAUAAAUCGUGCUUUCCCAAUGCA